AUGCGUUUAGCACAUGCACACUUCCAUGGGCCAAUAUCAUACACGCGAUCACUAGCUCUACAAAAUGCACUACUCGAAAGGCACUUCCGGCACAAAGACUUGCUUCGCGGCCGCGCGACGAAGCUUGAAGAUGACGACGAGACGCCAGGAAUAGCCCGCCACCACUCGUCUCGCCCGCCAUCUUCUGAGGAAGAAAAGCCCACUGAUGGAGGUUCGAUACCGCCAAUGUCAUCUUCGCCUGAAUGCGGCUCCACAAUCAGUCCGCCCGACCCAACACUCAUCACAUUCUCCACCACGCCGACCUACACCGUCGGGCGGCGGCACCUGCAGACAAAUCCGAUAUCCGAGGAUCAACAAGCGUUCCUAUCCGCGUCAGGCGCCGCGACUUUCCACGCCUCUCCGCGCGGCGGGCUUCUCACGUACCAUGCUCCCGGCCAACUGACGGGGUACGUCGUGGGAGACCUCCGACGACUGGGAAUCACGCCACGAUGCUGGGUAAGGCUUCUAGAGAACAGCGUUAUGCGGACGUGUGCUCCGUUUGGUGUGGGAAACACCACGCGCACCGACGACCCGGGCGUUUGGAUUAAGGGCAGCGAUCGCAAGAUCUGCGCCAUUGGCGUGCAGGUGUCGAAGGGGGUUACCAGCCACGGAGUCGGGCUGAAUGUGUUUGAUCAUGCGAUUCCUGUCGAGGCUCGCGAGAAGUAUAAGUUUACCAGGGAACAGCAGGCAUCGCCGUCUUCUGACUCUGCUACGCGAGGAUACCUCUCGUGGGGCUUCAGCCGCAUUGUGGCCUGCGGGCUGGAGGGAAAGAGCGUGACUUGGUUGACACGUGAGCAGUCAGAGACAAGCCCGCUCUCCAGGUUUGACGAUGAUGGCGUUGGUCUUCCGGACCUGAUGUCCUCUGUCGGGGAUGUCUUCGCUAAAGAGAUCGCAAAGAGCAUUAACGAGAUGAGCAUGCCGGGAAAAGAGAAAAUUCAGGGUGUGUACCGCCUCGACGAGCUAGCAACAUAA